UUUAGUUUCGGUUUCAGGUGUUGUCACGUGAUCGUUUUUAUAAAAACAACACUUCGCGUUCCUUUCAUGUGUUUGGAUUAACUGUUGAUGCAAAUCACAGGACGUUUAUCUGAGACCGAGGGUAACACAAUCAAAAUCCUUCAGCUCCUUUUAAGAUGGCAGGAGCCGAAAGAAGAAUUAGGAGACGACUGAGCCUAGAAAAACCACCUAAUAUGAGCAGUGAAAACACAUCAGCAUUGAGGAUGUUGGCGUUCGGCAGCCCAAUUCUGAGUCAGAUCUCACUGUCGCGCUCUCUUUUGAGGCCUGAGAUCUUCAACAGAGAUGAUGUCAACAUUUCAGCCACCAAGAAAAGUCAAGGGGUCGUGCUAGAGAGAAACGUAACUCUGGUCAACAUGCCAAAUCUUAAGGAGAAUGAUUUGCCAGAGCAGAUACUUCAUAAAGAGCUGAGGAAGGCUAUUUGUUUCUCCUGCCCAGGACCUCACGCUGUUCUCUUUGUUCUGGACCCAUUUCAUUUGACCCAUGAACUCAUUGACAUAUUAAAGCUUGUCACACACUACUUCGGAGAAAGCAUUUUAAAGCACACAUUGAUUGUUUUAUACCAUGAUAAAGAUCUGAAAACCCUUUCCGUAGAGGAGGAGGUGAAGAGGGACAGGAACUUCAGAGAGCUUGCUGAUAAAUGUGGGCAGAACUACAUCUUAUUUAAUGAGGAAAUGAACAGGACUGAUGGAAGUCAAACGCAAGCGUUGUUUUCCAAGAUCGAUGAGAUGGUUUUGGAGCAUGGAAUUUUCUCGAACCCGGAAUAUAAGGAUGCUGACAAAAGAAUUAAGAUAGAGGAGAAGUUCCUCAGGAAGUCAAAGGAGAAAGCGAUCAACAGGAAGAUGAAUGCAUUGGAGAAUGAAUAUUCAGGAGAGGAGCUUGCCACUGAAAAAAACAAAUAUGAAGAAAGAGUGAAGAAAGAGUGCAGGGAAAUGGCAGAGCUGGUCGUUGCAGACAAACUUGGUUUUACGAUCAGGCUUGUUGACUAUGCUGUAGCAAUAGGAAAGGGUGCGCUUACGGGUGCACUACUAGGAUUUGCCCUCGGACUUGGAUUUGAUGGUAUGGCCGUAACAGCUGCUAUUGGUGCUGGGCUUGGGGGAAUACUUGGAGGUGCGGCGAAUGCGGCAUUGAGCUACAUGGCCAAUUACUUUACAGAAGUUCGCAGAGAGACUACUUAGCAUGGGUAAAUAAAUGGCACUGUGAUUAUAUUUAAUACGUAGCCUGCCAGAGCAAUAUGGACAAGCAUCACUAAAAAAGAGAAAAAUUGAAACAUUCAUGUUAUUCAGUGCUGUGUUUCCAAGGAAGUUUGAUUUCAAUCUUUGACGUGGUCUUAUCGGUCAUUAUUAAAUAUAUGAAGGUUGUCCGUUAUUGAUUAUUACUGUAUUUACUGUAUUUUUAUUGUUUUAAUUUUUUAUGCAAUUUAUGAAGUAUUUUAUGUAGUAUCUCCAUUUUGAAGUGCUUUGAUUUGACCACUCACCACUGCUGCACACACUAUGAAACAUGUAUACAUUUUUGUCAAUUUAUAUUUUUGUGCUAUCAAACUUUGCAAACAAUUGUUGUUUCAGAAAUCUUUCUGCUAUUUAUUAGCAGGGACACAUUUUAACAGAGAUGCCAAAGUGGUAAAGUAAUGUUUACUGACCUCUAGUGGGUAGGAAGUGAAAUUGUACUGUGUACAGUCUUCUUGAAUGUUUGAAAUACUUCUGUUAAUACAUUUGCAUUAAUUAUUUUAGCAAAUACUUGUGAUUAGUGACAAAGAAUUGUCAAAUACAACAUCAGUGAUUCAUGCUUAAGGCAAUAAUAACAUGAGACAUGCUGCAAGCAGAGGCGGACACUACUUAAGUAUUUUAAGUACAUUUUCCAAGCAUCUGUGCUUUAUCAGUGUUUGUCUUGGGAAAAACUGUACUUUACUUUACUGAAUAAUGUUCACUACAUUCUAAAGCAUAGGAUUGUGUAUUCCUUUUAUAUGGCAUAUUCAAAUGGAUUUAAUACCUAAUUACAUAAAAAUUGUGUACUUUUACUUUUCUUGAGUAAAAGAACAAAAGUACUUUUUACUUAAGUAAAAAAAACUAGAUGUUUAAUGUACUUAAAUAUUAAAUAUAAAACAAAAACUUGAAAUUCUGAAUUGAAGUGGAGUAAAAAUUAUGAUAUUAUGCUUUUGGAUUGUAUGUUUUCCAAAGAAAAACACUGAUAAAAUACGAAUACUUAAAAAUUUACUUUUAGAAAGUAAAAAUACUUAAGUAGUGUCCGGCACCUCUGGCUGCAAGGCAAAACUCAGAAAUGAUUUGGAAAACUACAAAACAUAAACUACAUUUAAGAUGUACUGUAUGACUUUGAAACAAUAAAAAAGAGAACACAUACAUUUCAUAU